UGUGGUGAGUGUAAUUCAAACCCAAAUCCCCGUUCAGGCCCGGGGAGGGCGACGCUGAAAGCUCGACUAACAGCAGUGUGCUGAGACCCUCCGUCUGCAGGAAUAUGUUUUAAAUGGCUUUCCUCAUGGCUCCUUUCGGUGCAGCGUGGACGGCAAUGUGACGGUUCAAAGUGGAGGAUAACAUUAUGACAGAGGAUGUGAUUCCCAGACACCUCAGGAGAAUGACCUCAGCGAGAAGCCGACUCUUUUGGAUGUAAGGAAAGGCAGGUUUCUGACAGCUGGCCAUCGGGAGAUCCAACUCAGUGCCCAGUUCUGGCAAACAUGCACAUGGGUCACCCUCUCCACGAGUGAACAGGGGGAACAAAGGUCCGACCUGGAACCAGCAGAGAUCCAGCCCGAGCAUUAACACGGACAAUCGGCAGCAGCCAUGUCACUCUCUACAGUGCUAGCGAAGGCGCUGUUUGACAAUGCGGCAGAGAGUCCAGAGGAGCUCGCGUUCCGCAAAGGCGACAUACUGAUGGUUCUGGAGCAGGAGCAGGAUGGGGGACCUGGCUGGUGGCUCUGUUCCCUCCAUGGCCGCCAGGGCAUCGCCCCAGCCAACCGAUUACGUCUCCUCCAAACCGCCCCCGCUCCAGGUCCUGUCCAGCCAGGCACCGACGCCCGACGGGCUCCUAGUGUGGACUCAGUUUAUAUCUCUCCCAGCCAACAAACCCGUGCAAAUGGCAUGUGCACAGAAGAUGCAGAUGGGGUGUACCUGUCGCCACCGAGUCUGGGGGAAGGGGUGUACCAGAGUCCAGGAGGGGCAUCAGGACCGGCCAGGCAGGGGGAGCUCCGGCAAACUGAAGGCAGGCGUCCCCGCUCUCACUCCAGCUCUGGUCCCAGGCCAAGACCUGACUGGGGGGAGAUUGGGGCGGAGGGGCGGCCUCGCUCACCCUCUCUCAGAGGACGGGUCGGUGAGACUGGGUCAGUUUACCAAACCCCUGCUUCACCCGCACCACUAGCAACACAAUAUAGAUCUCAGGGUGCUUUAGCGUCAGAGUCAGUGUACCUCACUCCCAUGGCUGUGACAAGACCUCCAGGGGAAGCAGCAGGAGAGGUUGCCUAUUUAACCCCAAGGGAGUCGGGGGCCACGGGGCAUUCGGACAACUGCUAUCUGGUCCCUCGGCCCACCGUGGCAGCUUUACCCAGCGAGGAUCUGUAUCAAACUCCGACAAGUGGUUCUCCGGUGGCAGGACAGUCUGCUUCAGCGCCUGUUGCCAGGCUUCAAGAUGGAGCUGCAACCAGCCAGCCCAAAGCAGGUCAGGAAGCCCCAGGGAUGUACCAAACCCCAACCCCGCCAGGGGGAGCCAUGUCAAGGACUCCACAAAUGGAGCGCAAACUACCUUCAAGGUCUACAGUGGUAUCGCCCGCCUCAGGACAAAAUCUAAAGCAGACGCCCCCUGCGGUGAGAAACCAGGGUCCCUCUGCCACCCCGCCCGCGGGUCAUGGGAAGCUGUCCCAGGCUGCAAUGAGGGGGUCCCCUCUUCUGGUUCGUGCAGGAAAAGCCGGGGCACCAGGAUCUCCAAACUUUGGCCGGAAGCCCCCUCCACCAGCACCACCGGUUAGAGGCGUAACCAGGAAGGAUGUACCUCAGUCUGCAGCAGUGUCUGCCAUGAAACCUGUUCUCCAGGCAGGCCCUGCACUCCUGCAGCCCAAUAAAGAGGAAGAACAAAGACAAAGAAGUAAAGAAGGAGUAAAACAGGAGGAAGAGAAGAAAAAGGCCACAGAGGUGCUGAAGAUAGGAGAAAACAAAGAGCGUGUGACCUCUGAUGAUGGAAAACUUGGUGAUCAGGUGUAUGAUACUCCACCCACCAACAGAUGGCAGCACCCAGUUCCUGCGGUAUCUAUGGAGGAGGAUGACAGCAUUUAUAACACCCCCCGCACCGUCCCCUUACUCACUGACCAGCGAUCAGAGAUUUAUGAUGUUCCCACCCUUGCUCUGAAUCCAGCCUGCAAUGCCCCAGCGAGUGUUGAAGCUGAAGAUGAUGUUUACAGCGUUCCAAGUCUUCCAGGUCUGCCCUUGGAAUCUGGUGAGAUGCCUGGACCUGUGGUGGUGGACGCAGGAGGAAAGUCUGAAGUUUACUCCAUCCCUAGUCCAGGAAAACCGGAAUUAGCACCUGAGGAUGUCUCGGAAGUCGAUGGCGGUAUCUACGACAUGCCUGCUCUCACUCUGGAUGUCCCGAUCCGCCGCCUGUCUGUGUCCAGCACUGGCUCUGGCGACUUCCAGUGGAAAAGUUCCCUCUCAAUUCUCGUCCAAUCAGCACUGAGCUCUGCCUCGGUCACCACUACGCCUUCCAGGGACCUAGCCUCCUCGUUGGCUGAGAUACUUUCCAUGUGGAAGGCGGGUCAAGUUGGGGAUGUCCCGUCUCCUCUUCAGCAGAUCUGGUCUAGGCUCGCAGACCUUCUCCCCGCCCUCUCUGUGUGUGGCUCCACCCCUCCAGCCGACAGCCUGCUCUCUAUGGUUCGCCGAGCUCUAGAGGACUCCGCCUCCCUUUUGCAGACUCAGACUAGGCCCCGCCUCCCUUCGCAGGAGUCUCUGUCACGGAGGCCACUUCCUGCCCUGCCAGUGGCUGAGGUCAAACCUAUGGCGGGUGGGAUGGGCUCACGUAAAGGGAGCUGGAUCCAGGAGCGCCCGCUGCCCCCUCCUCCACCUGCAGCUUUCCCCUUGCCCCCAGCACCCACCUCUCUGCCACCAACUGUACAAACAACCGAGGAUGAGGAACAAGGGAACGAGUAUGCAGGGAUCGGACUAACCCCUGCACCCCCUCCUUCAUACCCUGCAGGAGACAGUGUGGGAUACGUCAAACUGCAGGGAAAGCCAGAGCCAUCUCCAGACUCACAGAUAGAGAAUGGUACAUCACAUGUCAUCUCCACGAGCGAUGCCAGAUUGAGUCCCUCUCCUCCUCUCCAAGGCUCUCUGUCUCUAGAGGAUUCAGAACUUCUCUCAUUCUAUUCAUCCCAAAGCCUGGCUCACCUCUCCUGCCUGGGCGACGCCAUUGACACACUGUUCAACAGCGUUCAGGAGAACCAGCCGCCACGGAUCUUUGUUUCUAAGGGGAAGAGUCUAAUUGUGACUGCACACAAGCUGGUUUUUAUUGGUGAUACGCUUGCCCGUCUCCUCAGCUCCUCCGACCUUAGGGCAAAGGUCACCACCUCUAGUGGACGUCUCUGUCAGGCCCUGAAGGCUGUUGUUGUUGCAACCAAAGGCGCUGCUCAAAAUUACCCAUCAGUUCCAGCCACGCAGGAAAUGGUGGACCGAGUGGCUGACCUGUCCCAGCAAGCCGCUGGUUUCUCUGGGCUCCUUCAGCGACUGGCAGAAAUAUCUUGAUAUCUUCUAUUUUUUCUUUUUUUUCCCUUUGGUUACAAAGUUUCAUGACAGAAUGCCUUAUUUGUGGGUGUUUGUAUUUUUAUUACAUUUCUUUAUUGAUUGUAUUCAGAGAUGUAUUCUGAUUGAUUAUACCGGUAACACAGUGAUUCGAUGGUGAUGCUUGCCUCGAGAUGGUGAAUUUGUGGUUGUGUAUGUGUGCGUGUGUGAGUAUGAGUGCCAGUUUCUAAGCGUUACGUUCGUUAUUGAAUUGUUUGUUGUUUUCUGGGUGCCUAGCACACUGUUGUGCGUCUUAAUAACUUAUUGAUGGGUGUUUGGUUUGGUGUGAGGAAUGUUUGUUGCACAUUUUGUAUUGGCUUUAUUUUGUAUUCGGUUGAUUUACAACAAAGUUAGGUUGAUGGUUGAUGGUCGCGCACACAGGGCACAAUUAUCCGUGGUUAGGUCAGGGGCUGUUCUUCUCUAUUUCACACGUACAAAAUAAAUAGGCUACUGUGUGGUUUUGUUUAUUUAGGUACAGCAUUAUACAGAUGGCCUGAAUUGUCACAUGAAACAGGUUAAGGUCUAUUCACACCGAGCUGAAUGAUUAACUGUUUUUUUAUAGAAAUUGCAAUUUGAAAAAGUGCAAUUUUCAAAUUGCAAGAACUGCAAUGUUGCCUCAACAAGUUUUAAAUGGGGAAAUUUAACCAAAUAAUUGUGGUGAACAGGCAGUUUGGCACAAGCCUCAUCUGAAAAAAAUGUCCUGGUCCUCUUGGCAGAAAAAAAGAAUUUAUAUAAAAUAAAUGUAUUUAAAUCACAAUUUCAGAAUUGGUCAGAAAAUUUGUAGUUAGACAUUUGCCUUAAUUGUUCAGCCCUAACACCAAGCAAGAUUUUUUGGACGAAAUAUAUGGGUGCAAUUUUUGACGUAGUGGAACUUUCACACCAUGGUUUUGUGGUUUUGUUUAUUAACAAUUUGAGAACUUAGAGAAAGAAGUAAACAUGGAUUUUUCGAGUAGCAGCAAUGAUAAAUUUUGCGUUUUUCCUUUAAGCACUGCGACUCAACGGCACACAAACCAAAUACAACCAUUCUACAAAAAAACCUACCCGUUCUACUCUUAGAUAAACAAAAAUGCAUAUAAACAGUUGCUAUGUUGUACUAAUAUAUUCACCAUCAUUCUCAGCCUCUCAGCUACUAUCUGUUAUGUAUUUUCUGUAACCCCCACUUUUUAUAAUUAGCAAGCAUGUUUGUAACAAGCAAGAGUAGUUCUGCUGCCAUUUGUUUGGACUGCAACCAUGACAGCGGAGCUCUAAUUGGUCAACCUGAUUUGAAUGCUCUGAACACAGAAAAUGGAGGUAGCUCUGAUUAAAAACUUCACUCUGGGUUGCAGUCGGACUUGACAUGAAUUAAUAUGCAUUGGCAGUUUCCAAAGCGUGUUUUUUUUUAUUUGUAAAAGUUGGGUCUCGGUGUGAAUAGGCCUUUAGGCUGCUACAGUUCAUGCCUUAAAGUAAAGAUAACAAAUCAUAACACAUUUUCAUUCCGUACAGUGACGUAUUUUGAUUGAAACAUGCUAUAAGGGAGGAGCUUUGAGCUAGCAGAUCAUUUAGCUUCAUAAUAGGUGAGCAUGGUUGGAGGAGGAGGUAAAACGUCAUAUUGUUGGUUAAUAUUUUCUCUGUCCGCUGGUGCAUGUAAUAUAAUCAAAAUUCUGUUUUAGAGAUAGACAUAGUUAUAAAUUUUGAUUAACAGGAAGACAAGAAUUUCAUUUUUUAAAUGGUAUGGUAUGAUUCGUGCUUAAUGUGACCAGGGACCUAACCAUGUUUUUAAAAAAUGAUUUUAGGCUGACUUUCAAUGUCAUUAAGAGAGAAAUGGCACAAGCGCUUAUUCAUCCAAAGAGCGCCGUCUUAUUCAGUUUUGGUUGGAAUGUGUAUACAGGUGGAGAGGCAAGAAGGAACUCAUGCUUGAUUCAAAACAAAGAUGGGAAGCGCAGUUGAUAGAGGGAUUUUUGUAAUCCGUUGGAUUACGUCCUUUCCCAUGACGGUGACUGAAUCAGAAACCUGUUCAGCUGGUCUCCUCUCUCUCUCCUGUCUGUUUUCUUUCAGACUACCUCCUUCUCUAUCUCUCUCAUGGUUCCGAAAUUUUUUGCUUCCCUUCAUUUGCCCCCAUUUCCUCUCUUAGGUUGCGGUUCUGCAUGUAAAGACAGAAGCAUGCCCAUUGUGAAUGAAUUUCAGGGAAACAACUGUUAGUCAUAUUAACAUGAAAAAGCAACAUCAUUAACAUAAAAGUGAAGUAACUGUUAGAUAAAUCACAAUGCAAAAAAGGAGAAGCAAAUAUAGGCUACUGCAAGCGUCAAACCUGUUACCUUUGCUCAUAGAUGUAUGUUAUGCCUUUAACUGGAAUACAGCAAUAUAUAUCAGCCAAUUUGUAUGUGAAAUAUCGUGUAUAAAAAAGUGUUCAGAGCGGCUUUGAAGUUUCACAAGCGUGUGUUUUGCUUACAUGUCACCAGUUUAAGGAUUACAUAUCUUUCUGUGGUGCAUCCACAGGUCUGGGCAUAAACCUGUUACCUCUCUGUAUAGCAGUCAGGCUGAUAGAGCCGUCAUGGUUGUACAGCUCUCCCCCAUGGCCCACAUCAGGCACAAUACCAGGAAACCUUAAUUCCUUACUUUGUCUUCCAUUUCUUUUUUUAACCAUCUUAUCUUUGUCUUCUAGAUUCACUCUUCUCAGCAAUGUGAUGAAAGAAUCCUCUGUAUUGUUCUUGCUGCCCUGCUAGUGUUAUCUGUAACCUCAUGCACUGACAUGUUGGUUAGCCUGCUAGUGUUAACAUAGAUAGGCUGAAGUUUUGAACUCUCGAAUUGCGUACAGCUGCAGCUGAUGGGUUUUUCCUCUUACCGCUUUCUGUACCGUCUCAGACCGCCACCAAGUGGAUCAUAUCAGUAUUACUGCACAACCCAGCAUUACAGUUGGGAGGAUUCUCAGCCCUGCAGACUCUCUCAUUCCGGCUGGAACUGCCUAUCUUACAAAAGCAUAAUGACUCGUAUCAUCAUCUUCUGAGUGACCUUCUCUUUCAAAGGAUUCUUUGUCAAUCAAAAAAGCUCAAAUACAUUUGAAACCAUUGUAAUGCUUAGAUUAGAUGGCCUUAUAGAAAACAUUGUAAUCCUAUUUAUUGUUUGUUUUUUUAAUCAAUUGUAUGCAUGGCUUUAAGUUGAUCAAAUACAUAUAUAUGCACAUGUUACCAGGGAUGUUUUCCUGCAACAAAUUUUCAUUCGUAUUUCAAUAAGAAAAAAUUUUGCUUUAAGAAUG